AUGGAGGCGGCAGCUGGGAGCCAGAUUCUGGGCGAGAUUGAGGAGAUGAGUUUGGAAGAGGUUCUGCUUGACCUGCGCACAACAGCAUCGGGCAAACCAGGGGGACGACCUCCCCCAAAAGCAACCCAUAUAGAAGAGCUCGACGGCCUCAUCGCACGUCAGUUCCGAGCUACUCAAGUUCCAACACUGUCAAUUACCGGCCGACACCAUCCACUCCUCUACAAAGUGGUAUCCAGACUCGUGUCCCCGCCAUUCUCCCACGCCGUACUCAUCCUCGAUCUCGAUGGGCGAUUCGACACCACCCGUCUCACCUGCACGGAUGCAGACGCCCGUCACAUCUACAUCCAGCGGCCGUCCAGCACCAGCAUCCCAAGCAGCGCGGGCACGGAAGAAGCCGCCGCCGACACGACGGGCGACAAUCUGAAACGCCUGGUGGCCGAGGCCCAAACCUUCAUGCUCUACGGCGAGGCGCCCAGGCCGAGCGCCCACCGACACUGGUGGGGAACCAUUGUCAUCCAGGGGUUUGGGGUGGGCGAUGUCGUGGCCGGCUGGAAGGGGUGGCUACGAGUCGACCGCGAGCACGUCCGGGGCUUUCCUCCUGGGUGUAGCGCCGAGGAGGCUCUCGCCCAGCGGUCUGCCCGCCACGACGCAGUCGAUUCUGCUGGCUGGGCCGCCGAGUCGCAGUGGGGAGGGUUCGUUUUCUACGAGGGGGGCGAGGGCGCCUAG